AUGGUAGAAUUUAACUGUACUUAUAGGAAAGCCUUAACAGUAUAUGUACCGCCCUCAGCUUCCUUGCUUAGAAAAGAUAGCUUUCGACAACAGUCUGACAACCCUCCUACCAACAUGAUCUCACAAACGGAGAGUAGAUUCCAAGAACGUGAUACCUCCACAUUCGCAGAGAUAGUUAAAACCGACAUCUCAUUGCAUAAAGAGGAUGUAAAUGAGGUUAAAAAUACUUCUGCCAAUACUUCAAUGAGAUUUCGACGUACUCGUAGGAGGUACACGACUUCUUGUAGGUUGGAGCUCCCGACAAACUCAUCUACAAUUAAUAGUGAGUCAACAGUGCCUCCUGAUGCGGCUGCUGGUGAAGAGAAAAGGAAUGACGGUGUUCGUUUUGACGAGCUAUUAGUGAGACUUAAAGAAAUUAUAUUUUUAAGGGAAUUGACGAUGGAAGACAAGCUACAUAUGGUGUUAAAGUGUUGUUUAGAGUGGUUAAUCUUAUUGAGUGUACAAUUCGUGUCAAAGUGGCCUUUAUGUAAGAUUAUUGCUGACUAUUUUAUCAAUGUCUCGUAG